CCCUAAACCAAACCCGCAUUUGGCUUGGGAGUUUUGACACACCCGAAAUGGCGGCGGUUGCGUAUGACGCUGCGUCAUUUUAUUGUCGAGGAGACGUUUCGCGCCUUAACUUUCCACAAAUGGCGACUGCCCUCCCCCGCCCCGCUAGCUCUAGUGCUGAAGACAUACGCCUGGCGGCCCACCAAGCGGCAUUACUCCUUACACCCUCCACACCUGAUACCAACAUUAACACAGGCUCGAGCUCGGCUCAUUACGUCCCCACUAAUAUCGAGCUUUCGGCUAGCCAAAUCCAAGCCAUCAAUGACUCGCCGCUUGAUCUCCAAGAAACAUGGAUGGAGUUUAACAACGACCCGAGAAUGAUCAUUCCGGACGAUACCAACUUCGAUAACACUAAUGAAUGGGAUGAGGUGCCUGACGUUUCCCUAUGGGAUCCGUAGGUAACUAACACUAU